AUCAACGGUCCAGAUCAUCUCAUCAAGAAAAAAAACAUAAUAAUUGAAGAGUAUAGAACACGUGUGCACUUAUCACUUCUUUCUUUCUUUCAUUCUUCAUUGUUUAGAAGAAGAUUAGGUUUAUAUCUUCAUCCACCCACCCUUUCUUCCAAAUUCUUGAUCUUUGUAAUCCCCAAAUCGAUUUACUUUUCCAGUCCCAAACCCUAGCCUUUUCUGUGUCCUCUUACUUUACGACUCGUCUUCGGAUCAGUUACCUCUGAUCUCCGAACAUAACAGCUACUCUCCACCACCGCUUCCCUUACUGGGUCGUUUCUACUGAUUCUAUUUGCACAGCAGUUUACAGGACCAAGAUCCAAGGUACUCAGCUGGAACCCAUUACGAAUAAUAUGGAGUCAUCCGUCUCUGAAAUGCAAAUGGGACUUGUUGGCUCUGUAGGAUAUAUAUCAAGUCAUCCUGUAUCGCACCAACUAAUUUCAGAUAAUCCCAUACCCCAGAGAUUAGAAUCAAUAGAAAUGCAAAUGGGAAAGAAUGAAACCAGAGCUAAUGAAACUCUGCAAUCAGAUCAAUUUUUAACAUCCAAUAAUCAAAUAGGACAUAUGGGAUCUAUGCUGAAUAUGGAUCAAAUGUCUGCAUCCUUUAAGCGCAAGGCACCUAUGGAACCUAUUUCCAUUAACUCUUCAUCAGAGCAGCUGUCACAUAAGCGAAUGGCACAACCCCAACAUAGACCAUGGUUGCAGCAGAUGCCUGCACCGAAUAAGAGAACUGUGCAAUUGGAAACCAUGCCAAAUUCUCCAGGCUCACUUAAUUCUCCGACUUUUAACAAGAAAAUGGUAAAGAUGGAUUCUUUUUCCAAUAAAUCUGGUUCACAGCGAACACCGAGUCAAAAAGGUCAAAGUGCACGGGUACAACCACCAUCAAAAGUUUCAAUAGAAUCGUCUGAAUCUGUAAGAUCCAAGAUGAGAGAACAGUUAGCUGCUGCAUUCUCUUUGGUUAAUCAACAAGAGACCAAACCUUCACAUAAUCUAAAUGAUUGCUCGAGUCACGAUCAACCUGGUGAUCAUGUUGACCCUGAAACUAAAGCAUCUCAUGAAAUUAUGUACGCUGGGAAUAAAUUGUCUGAGCAGAAAAAUGAGGACGAGCAAGGUGACUCUCACAAUAUUCUGGCUAAUGCAGAAAAUGGUGAUUCAGCACUAACCUCAAUUGGUGAUGGCAGCGAAUUCCAAUCGGGUAACCUUAUGUCGUAUAAUGAUGUGUCUUUUAGUGAGAAUUUCUUUGUCAAAGAUGAGCUCUUGCAGGGAAAUGGGCUUUCCUGGGUAUUGGAAUCUGAUAUAGAGAUGGUUGGGAGAAAGAAAAUGCAAAACACUGAAAAAGAGGAGUCAAACCAUGAAGAAGUGGCUGAUAAGCUGGAACAAACAUUUCAAUCUCCCGAAAAUUUGGCAUUAAAAAUUGAAGCAGAAUUAUUCAAAUUAUUUGGAGGCGUGAAUAAAAAGUACAAAGAGAAGGGAAGGUCUCUUCUAUUCAACUUAAAAGAUCGCAAUAACCCGGAGCUGAGAGAAAGAGUUAUGAGAGGGGAAAUAUCGCCCGAGCGGCUCUGUUCAAUGACUGCAGAGGAGCUUGCUUCCAAGGAGCUUUCUGAGUGGCGGAUGGCGAAGGCAGAAGAGCUUGCACAAAUGGUUGUUUUGCCAGAUUCGGAUGUUGAUAUUAGACGUUUAGUGAGAAAGACACACAAGGGUGAGUUUCAAGUUGAGGUUGAACAAGACGAUAGCCUUCCUAUGGAUAUUUCUGGUGGUUCAAGUUCAGUUGCUCAAAGUUGGCCAAAAGGGAAGGAGAAGGAAAUCCCUACUUCAAAAGCUGAUGGAGAUAAAGGUGAUCUGAAUACUUUGAGCGAUCGUAGUGCGUCAUGCACAUUUACUAUUAUUCCUUCUUGUGAAGCAAAUGAUUUAAUUGAAGGGCUCAUGGUUGAUGAUGGAUUGAAAGAUGCAGAGUUUCUUCCUCCAAUUGUCUCGUUGGAUGAGUUCAUGGAAUCCCUUGAUUCAGAGCCACCAUUCGACAAUUUACCAUUGGAUGAUUCAGAGAGGACACCUGUAUCAGAGAAGGAUGACUCUGAGGUUGGCUCUGGAUCCAAGUCAUUGGACCUAAGUCCCAAAGAUGUUGUUGCUUCCUCUGAAAAAUGCGACAAUACAAACACAGAUGAUGUUUCGAAACCUAUUGACAGUGAAGUUGAUUUAAAAUCUAGUGGUUAUCGUGUCGAUGCAGAGUCCAGAGAAAGUCUUGUUGAUGCUAAAUCCAAAGAAUGUCAUGUUAGUGUGAAAUCUCGUGACAGUCUCGUGAAAACGGAAAAAUCAUUGUCACCCAAACCCAAGGGUGAGCAUGUAUGGGGAGGUUUGGUUCAGUUGAACAUCUCAACAACAGCAACUGUUAUUGCCCUCUUUAAAAGUGGUGAGAAAACCUCUGCUACUGAGUGGCCUGGGUUUCUUGAAAUCAAAGGGAGAGUAAGACUAGAUGCAUUUGAGAAGUUUCUUCAGGAGCUUCCACUAUCCCGUAGUCGUGCUGUCAUGGUCGUUCAUUUCUUAGUCAAGGACCAGUCAUCUGAAAAUGAGAUUGCAGCAGUUAAGGAGGUGGCAGAUUCAUAUAUUGUUGAUGAGAGAGUGGGUUUUGCCGAGCCUGCUUCAGGAGUAGAACUUUAUUUUUGUCCACCACAUAAUAAGACUGUUGAAAAGCUGGGCAAAAUCGUCCAGAAGGAACACAUUGAAGCACUUAAUGCAAUAGAUAAUGGCUUAAUUGGUGUCAUUGUAUGGAGAAAAUUAAGUACCACUUCUCCCAAAUCAUCGUCUCACCACAAACAUACAUCUAAAAAGCAACAUGUCACAUCUAGGAGACAUCAAGAUUCAAGUUUAAAUUCCAAUUUCACACACAAACAGGCCUUGUCUCGGGACGUAGCUACCCCUAACUCUAGGCGCUUACCUACGGACGACAACGACGACGACGAGGAUGAUGUUCCUCCUGGGUUUGGUCCUCCGACUGCCAGGGGUGAUGAAGAUGACCUUCCUGAAUUCAAUUUUUCUGGUGGUUCAAACCAACCACGGCCAAAUAUUUCUGCCCGUAAUCCCUCUAGGGGGUUGGUGCCAGUGCCAUAUCAUCCACUUAAUACUUGUCCGGUUGAGCAAGUGAGAGAACUUAUACACAAAUAUGGAAAAAACAGCGCCUCAGCGAUUCCACCAGGAAAUUGGAAGGAGAAAGGUGUAAGUGGGGUUAGCGUUCAGCACUGGAAUGAUGAUGAUGAUGAUAUCCCAGAAUGGCAGCCACAAGGACCAACCCAACAAGUGCAAAACUUUCAACAGCCAAUGCUCCGACCUCACAUUCCAAAUCAGCCACAUUUUGGGUUAGUGCCUCUGCAGCCUGCCCAUCAAGCAAUGCAGCCUCCAAUGAAUGGUUCAGAAAAUAUGGCUUUGUGGCAACAGCAGCAGCAGCCGCAGCAGCAAGGCACUUGGUGGGUUCCUCCAUCUCCGGGCAGUGGCAUACGGCCAAGUAAUAUAGGUUGUCAGCCUGAUGUAGGGCAAAUGUAUGGGGCCACUGGGCGUGGGAUAGUUAAUCAACCAGGCAUGGUCUGGCAACAAAAUACCCCUAAAAGUAGAGGAUUUUGAUCACCACAUGUAGAGUUCAAAUGUUAUUUUCUUCAUUGAGUAGAUGAAAAUUUAAGAAAGUAGUGAUUUUUUUCGCUUAGUUGUGAACAUGUUUUCGCCAUUGUAACAAUGUCAAAUCAUACAUCAAUGCUAUAUGCUUUAUAGCAUUCUAGGCUAGGAACGUUUUAGAAAGCAAUGUGUUGCUUUUCCUAGGGAUAUUCGAUUGUUGUUGUUGGUUGUUAUUUUCUUCAAAUUUCCAAGACCAAAACUCAUGAACUAAAAUAACGGACACAUUCUCUCA